CCUCAGACCACAAAACUCAUUAUCAUUCUAGCUACUUCUUUCUCUUUUUCAUCAUGUCUUUUAAGGAAGAACCACAAUCACCUUUGCAACCACCAGCAUAUGGAAACUUAAUCACAAUUCUGAGUAUCGAUGGAGGUGGAGUACGAGGAAUCAUUCCAAGUGUCAUCCUUGAAUUUUUGGAAAUUGAACUACAGAAAUUAGAUGGUGAGAAUGCACGGCUUGCGGAUUAUUUUGAUGUAAUAGCUGGGACAAGCACCGGUGGUCUUGUGACCGCCAUGUUAACCACUCCGGAUGAAGAUAACCGUCCGAUUUUUGCAGCAAAGGAUGUUAAAGAUUUUUAUCUUCAACAUUGUCCUAAGAUCUUUCCACAUGAUAGCCAUCCGUUCGCUCCUGCUACAAAAGUGAUCAAAGCUCUAUCAGGGCCAAAAUAUGAUGGUGAAAAUCUACACAAAGUUAUUCGAGAAACACUACAAGAAAAACGACUCCAGGAAACAUUAACAAAUGUCGUGAUUCCAACAUUUGACAUCAAAUAUUUGCAACCCGUGAUCUUCUCAAGCUACCAGUUAAAGAAGAACCCAAGUCUUGAUGCCAAGUUAUCUGAUAUAUGCAUUGGAACAUCAGCUGCCCCAACUUAUCUUCCUUCACAUUCAUUCCAAACAAAAGAUACCGAAGGAAAAUUACUUAGAGAAUUCAAUCUUAUUGAUGGUGCAAUAACAGCCAACAAUCCGACUUUAGUUGCCAUAAGUGAAGCACAGGGUCACCAGAAUUUCAAGAAAAGUAUGAUGCAACAAAGUCAUCCAGUUGGGGGAUUUUGGGUUGGUUGGCUGGUGGAGGCUCUGACUCCAUUGGUGGAUGUAUUUACUCAGGCGAGUGGUGAUAUGGUUGACUAUCAUAUCUCUACUGUCUUCCAAGCCCUUCAUUCAGAAGAAAAUUAUCUUCGUAUUCAGGAUGACACUUUAAGUGGGGACUUAACUUCCAUGGAUUUGGCAACACAUGAGAACUUAGAAAAUCUUGUGAAAGUGGGACAAGAGUUGUUGAAAAAACAAGUGACGAAAGUGAACUUUGGCACGGGCAUAUCUGAGCCUUACCAUCAUACCACCAAUGAGAUGGCUUUAAUAAAGUUUGCGAAAAUACUCCACCAGGAGAAGAAUGUAAGAGAACUUAGAUCACCAAGUACUAAUAGAGGAAGAAUUACACGAGAAGAGUCGAUGAAAGAACAAACUACACUUUCACAAAGAACGCCAGCACUCUCAAAUGCAAUUCAUCACUCUCUUCCAGAUUUAUAUAAACUCAACCCAAACUAAGAUUUUCUUUCUUGUAUAUGGAUA